AUGGUGAAACCGUUAGUGCCGAUCAUUCUACUAUUCAUCUUAUCUUGGCUCUCUCCGUGCAGUUUGGUUGGAUCGUUGCCUGUUGGCUUUGUGCAUCCCGUCUAUCCUGAUCAUUUGGGAUUCACUGCAUCUAAGUCUAAUUCUUCUCUCUUCAUCUCCAUUCAUGGUUCUGUUCGCAUUUAUCUGUUGAUUUAUGUCGAUGAUAUCCUUCUCACUAGCUCCAAUCCCUUUCACAUCACCACACUUAUUUCUAAUUUGUGUUGCCAAUUUUCUAUGAAGGAUCUUGGGCCCGCUCAUUAUAUCUUGGGCAUGGAGCUUAUUUGUACUUCGUCCAUUCUAUCUCUUACUCAGACCAAAUAUGUUGUGGAUCUCCUCAAGCGUGCUAACAUGCACGAAGCCAAACCCAUGCCUACACCGGUUGUCAGUUGUUGUUGUCUUAGCAUCUCUGAUGGUGUUCUUCUGUCUGAUCCCACUGAGUACCGUAGUAUUGUUGGUGCUCUUCAGUACUUAACUCUUACUCGCCUAGACAUUGCCUUUGCUGUUAAUCGAGUUUGUAAGUUUAUGCAUCAACCCAUUACUGUUCAUUGUCUCGCUAUUAUGCGUAUUCUCCGUUAUCUCAAUGGCACACUUACUCAUGGGUUACUCUAUUCGCCAAGCACUCUUUAUCUCAAUGCUGAUUCUGAUGUCGAUUAUGUGGGGGAUCUCGAUGAUCGUCGCUCCACUAGUGGCUAUUGCUUUUAUUUCGGUACUAACUUAAUUUCUUAG